GAACAGACUUCAAUGGGAUAAUCAGCAUUAUUCUGAAUUACAAAGACUUCCAGGGGAAAUUACAUGAUAACCUUAAUAAUAAAACGAACGUUUUUGAAAAGGCAAGAGCAAUUGGACGAGAUGUGCGACAUUCUUCUACACUAGAGGUAGAAGAUUCAGAUCUUCAGAAAUACUUCAAACUUUUACAGCAACUACUUUCUGAUCCCGUAUAUUUAGCUACAGACACGCAUGCGCAGAAUGCUUUACAGAAACUUACAAAGCUAGAAAAUGACACUCUAGUCAUUGGCAAAGAUGAUGUAAGAAAAGUACUAGACGAUGUGGCCAAAACAGUACUGGACAAGAUAAAGGCUGGUUUAGAUGAUCAAUAUGACAGAAUUAAACUAGAUAUGAUCAAAAGAAAACAAGAUGAUAUUCUAUAUCUUGCGUCAGAAACUGCAGAGGGAGUUUCACAGAUACAACAUGAAACUGAUGCUUCUGUAAAAAGACUGAAUGAAGAACGGGACAAGGAAGUUGAUAAAAUUCAUACACAAGGAGAUAAAGAACGGUCAGACAUGGCUGAAUUAGGAGAGAAAUUACAAAAAGCUAUGAAGACAGCAAGUAAAAACGAGCAGGAAGAGCAAUAUAUUGAGUCUAAACAAAAACUGAAGAAUGAACUAAUUACAUGGUAUAAAACCAAUCAGAGUACAGUUCCCCUUUCACCACUCACAGAUGCUGCCCCUACCCCUCUAGCCGGAUUCUACAUUAUGCCAGAAAUUGACAUACAGACUUAUCAGGCUUGUGGAGGGAAAGAAACAACUAGAGUCAAGUCGUUACAGGACCUGUUUAUAUCGGGUAGAAAGAUUUCACAGGAAAUAUACUUAUCAGCGGUCGCUGGAUUUGGAAAAACAGCAUUUUCAAAAUAUCUCGCAUUGACGUGGUGUCAAGCUCAUCAAAAGGAUGAAAAUUAUAAGCAUUUUAAAGAAGAAGAGUUGAAGGCGUUAUCUUGCUUUGAGUUUUUAUUUCUAGUGCUUUUGAGAGAUUCAGCUAAAGUAUGUGAUGUUGACGACAUGAUUGAAGAACAACUCAUACAAAAUCUCCCUUGCUCAUCUUCAAUGCCAAAAGGUCUUUUAAAGGACAUUCUACAUGAUGAAAAAUGUCUUGUGAUAUUAGAUGGACUAGAUGAAUGGACUCAUCCUGACAUCGAUUGUUCAAGACUUCCUAAAAGUAUUCCACACCGAUAUGCACGUGAAAAAUGUGUAAUCUUAACAACGAGUCGGCCAUGGAAGCUUGGAAUGUCAGACUUGAAUCAAAAAGGCAAAACAGUAGAGCUAGUUAAAUUAAAUAUAGACAAAGUCAGGCAGUUUAAGUUUAAUGCAAUGAAAAUGUUGAAUAAGAACUUUAAAGAUAGUGAACUGAAGAAUGAAGUGUGUAGAUUUGAAGAAGCAAUCAGUGACCAUGACCUUGAAUAUAUUGAUUCCACCCCUCUCCUAUUACUCUAUCUUAUAUGUUUAUGGGUUGAAAAAAUUCCAAUAGGAAAUUCAGCAAUCGAAUUAUAUACAGGCAUUAUUCAGCUCCUUCUAUCUAGAACAGAAAAGUUACAUGGAAUGUUUCAUUCAUCAUGUGAAAAAUCUCCGAGUAACGUCCCUGAAUGUUUCAGAAAACAUAAACAUUUCUGUAGUUACUACACGUUUCUGUUGACCAUUGGGAAACUAGCUUUUUAUACAUUGUUCAGUAAGAAAAAAGAGCACACAUUAGUAUUUGAUGAAAAUAUGGCUGAAAAAUAUCUUAACCAAGAAGAUUUGAAAUCAAGCUGUCUAUCAGGAAUAUUAUCAGAAAGUAAAGUGAAAACAUUAAUAAAUGAAAGUUCUAAAAUCUCAUUUUCACAUAAAACAAUGCAAGAAUACUUUUCAGCAAUAUUUAUAAGUUUUCAAAAUACAUGUGAAGUCCAGAAAAUCCUAUAUGAAGAGUGCCACUGUUUACAAAAUAUUCUAGACAUGUCAAAAGUGUUUGUCUUCAUCAGUAACAUGAACCCUAAAUUAAUGUCUGCAAUAUCAAGUCAUUUAAUGCCUGUGAUAAACAAUGAUGAAAUAACAAGCAAAUACAGAACUUGGACAUAUGGUAAUAACAUGUACAUUAAGCCAUUACAAGACAUACAAGACAUGUACAUUUCUUGUGCAAUAGAUGGAAAGGAAAACAAAGACCUCAAAUUGUGUUUACAAGAUUUCUUCAUUAAUGAAAACUGUCUACAAGAAAACAACUUUAAACAAUUACAACAGCUGUGUCAACAAAAUACAGAAAACAUAAAAUCAAUACUGAUAGUAAAUGAAGGUAUUUGUAGUCUACAAGAAAUUAUCAAUUUGUUUACACUCUCUGACCUUCCACAUAUAGAGAAAUACUAUAGAGGGGAAAUUGUAGAAGAGGAAAUAAUGAGCUUGUUAUUGAACCCUUUAAAAUGUUUAACUGUGUUUUCAAGUAAAUGGGAAAAUCAUAAAUUUGUAGGAAGACGUUACCCGCUGUCUGCUGAGAUAAAUGGACGACUGGUAACAUUACAACAUCUGGAGUGUUUAUAUAUAGACUGUUUCACUAUGACCCACGAGGUAAUGGAGACAUUGUUAAAUUUCCUCACUAGUAAAAAAUCAAUGAAAGAAAUAAAAUUGUACAGUUUAUACUGUAGUGAUCAUAAAACUUCAUGUACGGGAUUCAACCUUGACCUUUCUCAACAUUCACAACUAAGUCAUUUAAGAUUGUCCAAGAUACCUGUGUCACAAUUAAACAUUGAUGUAUCGUUGUUUGAAGAAUGUGGUGUAGGUGAAUUAUAUAAACCUGGUGUUGUGUCAUCUUAUCUCAGUCAACUACCAGCAGCCAGUAAACUACAAUCAUUUAAAUGUAGAUCUCUAGAAUCUUCCAGUGACAUAGACACGAUGGUACAAACAUUACCAUUGUUACAUCUUUUAAAAGAUGUUAGGUUGUCUAAAAUCAAUCUAGGUGAAAGAUCAUUAAAACUGUCACCUCAAAUGAUAAAUAUUAAACUUGUUUACUUGUCGUGUAUAACAAUGUCUUGUUCAGUGUUACAUGAUCUCAUUACUGUUAUAAACAAACUACCACAUACAGUGACAGUACAGAUGUUUGGUUGUGAUAUAAAACCAGAAACAGAAUUUGAAAAGUUUAAAACAUUUAUAAAACAAUCAGACAAUUUUGUGGUCACCAGUGAUGGCACCUUGAGGUCAGGAAGGUACGUGUUUGUGUUCAAAACAACAACAAACUUGAAGUAAAAUGUACUGAGUAACCUUAAAUGAACUUGGAGAAACAAUUUAUAAAUAUAUUUUGAGACAAGUGACAGGUGAAAUAGACAUCAUUAUUAUGUGUCUAACAUUUAAUCAAUACUACGCUGUACGUAACCCGUGUAAGACGGAUUUAAUAAUUUCAAAAAGGGAAUAUAAAUGGAAACUGAGGAAAAGUCUUCUGUAAAUAUUUCAUAGGUUUCUGGGCAU